AUGCGACCUAGACAAGGAGGGGAGUUUGCUACUGUGGCUGAAACGAGACAAUGUGAUGAAUCAUGUGAUUCUGUGGAUGGAAGAUUCAUCGCUUCAGUUAUGAUAGAGGAGGAUAACCUUCCAUCUGAUGUGGAGGAGUUAAUUGAUGUAAUUGAAUGCGACGACGGGUCUGUCGCUGAAAUUUUGACUGGGCAAACUGAAGGGAUUGUUUUGGAGGGUCAUGGUGGGAUGCUGGAUAAAAAACUUGGGGGAUGCAAUGAUGACGGCGAUGAUAAGGUGCCAGGCAUGGAAAGGAACGACGAUGCUAUGCCUUUGAUUUCACAAGGCAUUGAGGGGGGAGGUGGUGUAGGGAUGGAGACGAAGAAAGAAGUUUUUGACAGAAGCCUUGCAGCUGGUAUUUGGGGGUAUAGAUUCAAAGAGUGGGUAUAUGCCCCUUCAAGGGGUAUGUCUGGUGGGACUGUGGUGACGUGGAAUUAUCAAACUAUCUCUAUUUCUGACUAUGAAAUUGAGGAACUCUCUGUUUCUAUAAGAAUUCUGGAUGUUUCGGAGGAACUAGCGGGGUUGUUCGGUUUAUGUGGUAACAAGUGGUGUAUUGGGGGGGACUUCAACGUGGUUACGUUUGUCUCUGAGAAAUCUAACGGAGGAAGGAUGACAAGUAGUAUGAAAUUUUUUAAUGAUUGUAUCGACGACACAAAUCUGCGAGACCCACGUCUCUUAAACGCUAGCUUUACAUGGUCUAAUUUUAGAGGUCCUGGCCCUUUCCGUUUUGAAAAUAUGUGGCUAGAACACCUGGAAUUUAAGAAGAAAGUCAAGCAGUGGUGGGGGGAUGAUCAGAUUAACGGGUGGGAAGGCUACAAAUUCUCUAGAAGGUCGAGGACUCUAAAACAGAAAAUGAAGGACUGGAAUAAAGAAGUUUUUGGAGAUUUGGUCUCUGCAAAGAAAGAGGCGAAAGCUAGAAUUGCUGCUCUUGAUUUGAUGGAAGGACAGGCAAGCGGCAGAAGGAAAAGGAAUUUUAUUCAGAAGCUGGAAGUAGAGGGCUCUGGCGUGGUUGUCAAUGAUGGGGAAAUAGAAUUAGAGAUCAUUAACUUCUUCAAAAAUCUAUAUAGCAGCAACACAGAGGCAGGGUGGUGUUUGAAAGGUUUGAAUUGGAAUGCAAUUAAUGUUGAGGAGGCUGAAUGGCUGGAAAGACCCUUUGAAGAGGAGGAGGUUAAAAGGGCAGUUUUUGAUUGUGGGACAGAUAAAUCGUCAGGACCAGAUAGGUUCAUGCUUCUUUUUCAGUCUUACUGGGAUAUUGUGAAAGAGGAUCUUAUGAAAGUCAUGGUGGACUUCUUCAAUUGUGGCAUAAUCAAUGCAAUCACAAAUGAGAUGUUUAUUUGCCUUAUUCCCAAAAAGAAGGAAUCCAUUAAAGUUAGUGAUUUCCUACCUAUCAACCUGGUGACAAGUCUGUACAAAAUGGUGUCGAAAGUUUUGGCUUCUAGAUUGCGGGAAGUUUUAGGCAGCACUAUAUCUUGCUGUCAGGGCGCUUUUGUGAAAGGUCGGUAG